AUGAAAAUUGAGAAAUGGGAUUCUGCAGCAACAAGCACAACCUCCAGGAGUCCCCUGGAUACAAACCCACCAGCGCAGGUGGGGACAUCCGAGUGCGACUCAACUGCAGCCACGCACAAACCAAUCAGUGCGCGCCACGGCGUAGCGCUAUUCAAUCUGUACGGCACAACGGAACUGUCGGUAUGGGCUAUGAGUCAUCGUGUAGGUACUUUGGUAGGUAUGAGCCGUAGACCGAACGAGCGCCCACGGCCUGCCAGUCUGGUAACGGCGACCGACGCUACAACAGCACCCCCCGGAACACCUACAAAGGCGAAUGGACUGCAGUUGAUGGCAGGGGCUGCGCAUUGCGGACGACUGACCUGUCGCACUUACGCCGAGGAUUCGUUUCCUCUGGGAAAGGCCUUGCCGUCGGUGGAGGUGAAGGUAAACCCGACUGUGGUGCAGGAUAAGAGUGAGCAGGAGAUAUAUAUUGGCGGGCUGGCGCGCGUGUGUGAUAUCCAGGGAAUGCCGUACGGUGAAUUCCGGAGAUCGGGCGAUAUCACGCAUGUGUGUGAGUGUGGGCGUUGGUGGUAUGUGGGACGGACCAACGGACAGUUCAAACGCCACGGUCACCGUCUGCACUAUGCACAAAUAG